AUGAAGGUUUCUGGUGGUGAUGGAUUUCUAGCCAUGGAGGGAGCGGAGGACCAUAUGGUACUCAUGAGACACAGCCGGAGGGUGGUCUUUAUUUCACCGGGAAGACAGGAUAUGACUGCAGAUCCGAUAGCAUACGGAUACGAAUUCUAUUAUCCACAGCCUCAGCCUGACAAAUAUGAAUAUGGUGCAUCGGAUUUUGCUUCCGCCAUAUUUGGAUGGGCCCCUACACAAUCAGAGGACACCUCUCAGAGCCAGAGCGGUGUUAGCCUGCACUUUGUUUUAUGUUUGGACAAAUGUUUUCUCAGUUUUCUAGCAUUUUUUUGGGAAAUAUUAUUGAAAACUACCUACUUUUUGUUUCAGAGCAAGUGGCUACCAAUACAUACUCUUGCUGCAUCAGGAGAGUUUUAUCUUUUGGAUGCAUUACUAAAACAAAAUGUUGAUAUUAAUGCCAUCGACAAGGAUGGUUUAUCAGCAAUUCAUAGAGCAAUUCUUUGUAAGAAGCAAGCAAUUUUUGACUACCUCCUUAGAAAUUCAGCAAAUCCUUUUGUCCGCGAUAGAGAUGGAGCUACCUUGAUCCAUUACGCAGUCCAAACCGCAGCAAGUCAGACUAUAAAGAUUCUUUUGUUGUACAAUGUUGACAUAAACUUUUCUGAUAAUGAUGGAUGGACUCCAUUGCAUCUUGCUGUCCAAACACGCAGAACAGAUAUCGUAAGGCUUUUGUUAAUAAAAGGAGCUGACAAGACUCUAAAAAAUCGAGAUGGGUUAACACCACUUGAUCUCUGUCUUUACUCUGGCCGAGAUUUAAGAACUUAUGAACUUAUAAAGUUACUGAAGGGGCUUCCAUUGUCAAAAUCACGCUCUUGAGGCUGCCUCUGCUGAGAAACUUCAUUGAAUUAUCAGCGGGUUUACAGUUACCAUCUGCACAUAUUUCUUCACAGGUGAUUGAUUUGGUGUCAAACAGUGAGCAUUCACUGGAGUUUUUGGAUCUAAAGCUACUAAUCCCAGCUUGGCAUCAGUUAAUAAGCACAUUACACUCCCCAAAGUUUAUUGCACCUUGGCUAGUUUUGGUUGACAGCUAGACCGUCGUUGAAGAUUCCACUGAUGCUUAAUAUGAUAGAGAACACGAUCUGAAAAAUAAAACAUUGCUUAGCACUUGCAAUCAUGAGAAGGAAUCAUGUAGAGUGAAACUAGAUUCAAAGUUAAAUUGGUGAUAACUGCAUUUUAUAUUUUUCAGAUCUUGCUUUUAGUCUCUUUGCUAAUACAAAGAAUAUUUUGUUGAUGUAUACUGCUAGAUGGAUCUAGCUGGAAAGGUGCAAAUAUUCUUUUUGUUUGCGGUCUUGUAUCCAGCUUUAAAAUUAGCUAUUCAUCAGAAUUAUCUAGCUGAAUAUGCUACAAUAGUUAUGACAAGAUUCCUGCAAA